GGGGACGCGCCAGGCUCGGACAGACGCGCGGAGCCGGCGCCGCCACGAUGCCGCUGUCCCAGAGCAGGGCUGGGCAGAGCCCCUGCAGCAGCAAAGCCUGCAGGAACCUCUUUGGCCCCGUGGACCACGAGCAGCUCCAGCAGGACUUUGAGGACAAGAUGAAGCAGCAGCUGGAAGAAGCUCAGCAGCGCUGGAACUUCAACUUUGAGACAGAGACUCCCCUGGAAGGGCCCUUCAAGUGGGAGAGGAUGCUGGUGGCUGAGCAGGCACCCCAAGAGGUUCACAGCUUGGUCAGGGCUGUCAUCAGCAGUGACAGCAGGAGCUCCCUGGCCCACAGGGUGCCCCCCAAGGAGCGUGGUGUUGGCAGGAUUUGCCCUGAGGAGGCUCAGCAGAGCUCCAAGGUUUGCAGGGCUGGUUCCCUGCAGGGCUUGAAACGUGGGCAGACCACGAUCAAAGACUUCUACAGUGCCAAGAGGAGGAUCGUCCCUGCCCGGCCCCGGCCGUGACCCGCUGCCCCCCGGAGCGUGGCUCCCCACCCUGAGCUG